AUGGAUGAAAUAAUUGAAGACGAUGAUCCAAUGUAUGAUCGAAAGGGAACGAAUACGGCAAUGAGAAAGUGUAGAAAGCAACGGAGUAAUGAUGACGUUAAGAGCGAGAAUGGAGAAAGUUGA